CGAGAGAGAGGGAGAGCCAGCGAGCGAGCGAGCGAGAGGCAGGCCAGCCUUCCCUCCGUGGUGCGCCAGAGAAGCCCCUCGCCAACCAGCUGUUGGAGGAAAGUUGUGCAGAGAAACCAUUUCCCACCUUCCUGCCCAGAGCACAAAAUGCUCCCCAGAGUACUGGCCCUGGUGGCCCUGGGCAUCCUACACCUGCCCUGGAGCAGCACUCAGGGCUGCUUGAGUAAGCAGCAGGUGGCCAACACCAUCAGGCAGAUGCAGAAGCUGCUGUCCUCGCACGAGGCUGCCCAGCUGCAGAACAUGCGCAACCUCAAGAAGCAGCUGACCCUUCUCCAAGGCAACAUCCAGAAGCAGGUGGCCAAGCGCAACGAAAGCUGUACUCUGCUGCCAGCGCCCCUGAAUGGCAGGAGGCUGGGCAAGAAAACACUUGUGGGUCAUGAUGCGCACUUCCUGUGUGACCCUGGCUUCCUCCUGGAAGGAUCUGAGACACGGACAUGCCUGGAUAAUGGCACAUGGAGUGGACAGCAGCCUUUUUGCAAAAACAUCAAUGAUUGCACCAGCAACCCCUGUGCCAACGGUGGAACCUGUGUGGAUGGCACACACCGCUACAGCUGCUUGUGCCCCAGCGGUUGGUCAGGUGCCACCUGCCAAGCUCCAGUUUAUUCCUAUUGGGUGACGCUGAGUAACUCGUCCUUUAGCCGCCAGCCCCGUUGUGCUGAGAACGUCCUGGGCUCACGCCAGUGCAGCUGUGACACAGGCUUCCAAAUGCGGGCAGGGGGCAUUUGCCAAGAUGUGGAUGAGUGUCAGCUCUUCCAGUCCAGCCGCCUCACGCGCAUCUGCCUCCAUGAAUGUGUGAACUUGCCCGGCUCCUACCGAUGCACUUGCCCAGCAGGCUACCGGCUCCAGGCUGACAAGAGCACCUGCAGUGAUGUGGACGAGUGUGCGGAGAACCAACACAACUGCAGCCGAGGACAGAUGUGCAUCAACGUUUUCGGAGGUUUCCGGUGCCUGCAGCCCGAGUGCCCCAAGCCCCAACUCAACACCAGCUAUGUCAAAACCUCUGCUGCGCAAUGUGAGCGGAGCCCUUGCCCCAUGGACAGCAAGGCCUGCCAGAGAGCCGCCAACUCCAUCUCGUUCCACUAUUUGCCUCUCCAGUCCAACCGCACGGUGCCCCGGGUCCUCUUUAAGAUGUCUACCAGCCGCUUUGUCGGAGACAGCCUGCGCUUUGCCAUCUUGGGGGGCAACAGCCAAGGGAUGCUUGCCGUGCAGCGUGCGGACCGCCAGACCGGGGAGCUGAUGCUCACCAGACCAGCCGUGGGACCGACUGUGUUGGAGGCAGAGCUGGAAAUGAGCGAAUUUGCCCGAAAGGUCCCCCUUGGGAAACACAUCUUCAAGGUCACAGUCUUUGUUUCACAGUAUGAAUUCUGAGUCCAACCAGCCCUGCAGAACAGUGCAGGGACUGGGGGGUAAAAACAUUGACAGCAGAAUUGGCAGAACUUCCAAGGGUGUGGCUCUAGGCCAGAGAGUUCCAAACUGUAUGCCAAGACCCUACUGAAAAGGGGGUUGAGGCAUGCUUUGUAAAAUGAAGAAACCCAUGUUGGAUGACCCACAACUCAACCAAUGGCUUUUGCAGUGGGAAGUCAACGCAGUGCUGACUCUUCUCCCCAGCAGAUGCCAUCAUCUUAAGGGAAGAAGCGAGGACACAGCGAGGACACAGCGAUGCAGCAACUGACAUUACAGGUGGGAAAGUGUAGGGCAACCCUGGAAGCACUGCUCUUGCCUCAAAAGCUUGCUCCUAACUCUGAAUCUUGGCAGAGUGGAAAAGAGGAGGGUGGAACCGGCUUCCUUGCUGCUUUGAAGGUGAUGCCUGCCAAUUGUUCUGGGAGCUGGUGGAGAAAGUAACUAUAUUCUUUUAACACAGAGUGAAGCAUGCCUCCAGUUUAAAUCUUGAGCUAUGAGGAAAAGCAGGGUAUAAAUAUUUUAUUAUGAUAAUCUAACAAACUGCCCUGGGUCUAGACAGCAGCAGAGAGGUCAUUCCUGGUUAAUUCCCAUCUACCACUCUGCCGGUUGCUGGUUUAAAAAAUGGCCUCAAGAAAUAAAUUCCAAAGGCACCAGCUCAUAAAUCUUUGUGAGAUGUGAGAAAGGGGAGCUGGGAGGAAAAGAUGUGUGAACGCCAACAACAAACCCACCAUCUGUGCAAGAUGCAGGCCUCAUUCAGAGCUUCUCAGCAGCACACAGAUAUGCAUUCCUGGUUGCUCCCCACAACUAUUUCUAACAGUUCAAGUAGCCAGCCUGAAGCAUACUGGAAGGCAGCUCAAGAAAGUUGUAGUUAGCCUCAAGUCAUGAUGCAUCCAUGGAAUAUACAGUGGGCACUUGCCUCACGUUUGGAACAAAUGCCUCUCUUUUUCCUCCUCCCCACAGCGAUAAGCUUUCAAGAGCUGGAUUAUUCUGGUUCUUUUCUAGGCAGAGAAACAGGACACAAGUACAAGAAGAACUUGUUUUGGGCACCCCUAAGGGAACAUGGUCAAGGCUCUGGUUUCAUAGUAGUGGGCUGUUGCAAUGAUACAAGAUGUAGCGUGAUAUAAGACGUAGGAAAUG